AGCGUUGUCAUGUAUAACGUAUAAAUAGGUUGUGUCCACUGACCAGAGAUCAUAUUGUCCAGUAUAAGAUAUCAACAUGAACGUUCUAGCAUGUGUAGGCCUCCUGAUAUGCGUGUACACAGCAUAUGCAUCAGCUCUUCCUACUCCGGUAGACGAAUCCUCAGUUAAAGUAACAGCUGAGGCAGUUGGGGAAGAUUUGACUCCAGAUGAGUCCCGUUGGGGCGGCUAUGGAGGCGGUUACGGAUUAGGAGGCGGAUGGGGAGGUAGUCCCGGCUGGGGUGGCCAUCAUGGCUGGGGUGGUGGCUACGGCGGUGGACUCGGACACGGAUUUGGUGGUGGAUAUGGGGGUGGAUAUGGGGGAGGAUAUGGGGGAGGAUUUGGGGGUGGAUAUGGAGGUGGAUUUGGUGGCGGCUACGGCGGUGGUUACGGUUGGGGAAAAUAAUACUCAUAGUUUUCAUACGUUCAUAUUUCUACUGUUAUUUUUCUUAGUAAUAAAUUUGUAAAAAUA